GACCACGGAGUCUGGCACGCUUGCGAGCCUCAAGGAGCUCGCUGCACAGCCAUGUCGCGCACAGCAUGCCGACACUGACGGCAACCGCCCCCUGGAAAAGGGGUAUCACAGGAGCCUUGUGCGGCACGUCAAGGCCGCGUUGAAGGCAGGCGAUCCUGUGGAGAAAGUCCUGGUGGCCGUCGAGCCGGCUUUUGGCGAGCGAUGCCGGUUCAGCGGCCGGGUCGAGGCCCUGCUGCUUAAAGCGGGCUUAGGAGCGAGCACAUGCAUGAGGGGCAGGGCCUAUCUGCUGUUCCGGCUAUCAAGCCGGUUCCCUCCGGUUCCAAGGCUGGCUGGCGACCCUUCAAAGCGGCAUGCCGCCCUAGACGACCUCUUCACGCUGCCGGGCCUGGAUAAGGAGACGACGACCCCUUAUGGCGACACUGCGGUUCAUAUCGUGGUGAAGCGCUGCCUGAAAGGAAGCUAUUUCCCCGACAAGCAGGAGGUCCACAAUGGCCAGGUGCUGGUGGCGGGCCGCCGCUGCCGGGACGCCUGCAGGGCGGAUUACCUCAGUGCGGCGCUGCCCGCCCUGCUGCAGGCCGGCUUCGACCCAAACACCCCAGACGCGAAGGGCCGCACGGUGGCGGAGCUGCUGCGAGUCGGCCUGCGGGACGGGCGGUACAGCGAGGACUGCUGGGAGCUGCUGCGGGAGGCCGGCCGCGAGGAGGAGGCGGAGGGGCUGGAGCGCCUGCACGCAGCCAUGCAGCACUGCCUGCAGCUGUGCCACCGGCUGCGGAGGCCGCCGCCGCCUGCUGCCGCCCACCAUCACCACCUGGCAGGCGCGGCAGCAGCAGCAGCAGCUCAUCAUGUGGCGGGCAGCACCAAACACCCGCAGCAGCAGGUGCCCGACUCCCCGCCCAAGCAGACAGCAGCAGCCGCAAUGGCAGGUGGCAGCAGGCCGGCGGCGGCUGUGCCAGACGCCCCGCGCAAGCGUGCUCGCAGCGAGGAGCCACAGGUCCAGAUGACCUUUGGCCGGCACGCCGGCAAGCCGCUGGCGGACAUGUGCGUGCGGGACGUGCGCACGCUGUGCGAGCAGGCGGGCAUGUUUGACGACCAGCCUCAGCUGAGGCAGCACAUGCUGGACCUGGGCCUCAUCCAGCGCACCGCCACGGCCGCCGCCGCCGCCGAGUUCCCCAGCGGCUACCAGCCGGUGUGGCGGGUGGCGCCGGCCAGCCCAGGGGAGGCGCAGGCCGCGGCGGUGGCGGUGGUGUCGUUCGGGGGCAAGUAUGCGGGGCAGCUGCUGAAGGACCUGCCGCGCCUUGACCGCAGCUACCUGGACAACUUCAUGUGCAACCCGGACAAGUUCAGCUGGGCGGGGCGGGACAAGCAGGAGCUGCUGCGGCACCUGGAGGUGCUGGAGCUGGUGCGCUACAGCCGCAGCGGCCAGGUGGAGCCGGUGGGGCCGCAGGGGCGCAGCUGCUGCUGGUGGGCACAUGGGUUCGUGGAGUGCCCCCAGGAUUACGAGUACCCCGAGGACUUCGAGUGCGAGUUCCCUGACACCUUCUAGCUGGCUCCCCAGUGGGGAGUUCGGCGGGUGGGCGAGUGAGGAGCAGUGGCUAGCAGGUGCACACCGGUAGUCCAGGGCCAGCAAUCACCCAGCAUGGGACCAUCAGUGCAAAGGACAUGCGUGUGGAUAUGGGGGGGUCAGAAUUGCAUCGCUGCGCUGUACUCAUCAAACGUGACAGAGAUUGGUUGAAGUAUGAAGGUGAUGGGGGUGUACGGCGGUAUCAUGGCGCAAUACAUAAAUGAAAUAUUGAAACCUUUGCAGAGGGUGGACGUGGUGUGGAUGUGGCCUUUCCCAUCUACCCGGUGUGGGAAUCAUGCAUUGCUGCAAGGCACUGCUCUACUGGUGUACUGGGCAGUACUUUUAAGGUUGCCGGCAACCACCGGCGUUGGUUGCCACGGUGUAAACUCAGGAUGUCUCAAACCGGACGGUUGCGAACUGGCGAGCUGCGGGCGCGUUGUAAUAAUAAUAAGAAUCCAAUAUAUUGACGGGGCAACGCCAUCGCUAAUCAUCUCUCUACGGUACGAGAGAGGCGGGAAGUCACCCCGACAACCUUAUGCCGGUCCUGCCCACCGGUCCUGCCCACCGGUCGGAGCGGGGGGGAUCAAACCCCUCGGUGUCCUAUCUAUGUCCCCUAUACCGAAUUAGGGGCGGGCGGGUUGUAUGAACUGCGUUCCAGUUGUGUGUCUUGAGAUUUGGCGUCUGUGGUCCAGUCAAGCCCUCGGAGGGGUGUUUCAUUGUCUCCACCUCCGCGCAGGAUGAAGCAAAGGUCCGCCGUGAAUUCGUAUACGGUAUGGCCGGCGCUGGGCGGCAGCUGGUGGUGUGGCUGGGUGCUGAGCUGAGCAGGAGCUGAUUGUGUUGGGGCCUAGAGUGCCGUUGUUGUGCUUUACAUGUGUGUGUUCAGGGGAGCUUGGGUUCCAGUGUCGGGUGGUGGCUCCCUAGACCCGGAACACCGGCCCUGGCCCUGUGUUGCGGUGUUGGUCUCCUUCACACGACCUACCGUGCGUGGCUUUGCGAAAGCAUUGCAGUGAUCAUCCGACUGCUGCCUCAGACUCAACCCCAA